GGAUCUUCUGAUGCCACCUAUACGCCCUGUGUGGCUUUAGUGAUAUCCCCUUACUUCGAUGAAAAUCCCACCUUGGAAUCGGUGGUUAAAUCAAUUUGGGUUAUGCCGCCCAAUGAAAAUAAACAAGCCUUGGAAUAUGGCCGCCCCAUGCUGAUGCAAUACUCAGUUUUACCCGAUAAAGAGAUACCCGAAGAGGUACGCACUGAAAUACAAUCCUGUGUUGAUUACUACACACAAUUUCGCAAUGAAGUGGUACGCUUCUCGAGCGUCUUCAGUGACGAUGUUACUUAUAUAGAAAAACUGAAAAAUACUCUUUAUCCCAAGUUUCCAAUGAAGCAAAAUGAUAAAGCUUUAUGGAAUUGGAUAUGUGCCGUUUUGGGUUGUGAGCAGGAAGAUGAUUUUAUACCACCAAAAACCAUUAAAAUCAUUGACACUAAAGAAGAAUUGCCGAAAUUGCAUAUGGAUACAAAAUUGGAAAUUAAACCGGAGGAUGAAUUAAAGUGUGAUGAUUUGACUACAAAACAAUUAAGCUCAGCUGAGGAGGCUUUAAGAGCGGCUGAGGAACAACAGCAGGCGGAACAGAAAGCCAGUGAACUAAAGGUUUUAUCUUUGCAAGAACAAUUAUGUUUGCCUUCUGGUCUCAAUAUGAAUCCUGUAAGAAUGUUAUCGCCCUUGGCCACACCAAAUCCUAUUGCAACCACCACCACAGCCACUACAAAUGCUACUAGCAUUCCUCCCAUUAUACCGCCUCUAGUGCAACCACCGACAGUUCCUCCCCCGGGUUUGCUGCCACCUAUGCCUCCUUCUUUGCCAUCAUUGCCACAGUUGCCUACAGCAACCCCUAACUUGCCCUCUGCCUCACCCAGAGACAGUCCCAUCACCAUACCUUCAAACUCGGCUUCUCCGGCCAAAUUUGAAAUGCCCGUAAGAGCCUCUCCUUCACCAGCCAAGUCUGAUACGUCUUCACACACUUCAAGGACUCGCAACUCUCCAGCACCCAGUCCCGGCAAGUUCAGUAUUAGUGAUAUAGCCCGCAACAGCCCUAGUAUUACACCCACCAACAAAUUUGAUCCCACAACAGGGGCUUUAGUGCCGCCCACUGUUUCCUCCUCAACAGCGCAUGGCAUGCCCUCGGCUAAUGAUUUGAUGGCUGCUAGUUUGGCUCAAUUGGCCGGCCAACUGCCGCCUAAUUUCCUGCAAACCGAUUUGGCCGCACUCUUCCAACAACGCAAAGAUUAUGGCAGUACAUCGCUCAAUCAAUUGGCUGCAGCCGCCGCAAAAGUAGGAGGACAAAAUAAAUCACAAAACGCCACAGCCACAUCCACCUCAGCUGCAGCCCAAUCUGGAGUACCCGAUUUCUCUGAUCCCAAUGUGGCUGCCGCUGUGGCCGCUUACUCACAAAGCUUCAACAUGCCUCGCCUGCAAGAUAUGAUGCCACAGGCAGCAGCUCCUACACCCACACCAAGCAAAUCAAAAGAGAGAUCCUCCAAAUCGUCUUCAUCAUCAUCUUCUUCGUCCUCAUCAUCCACUUCGUCGAACUCGUAUAAAACUAAACUAAUGAAAGAAUUGGAUGAAUUGAAAAAUGAUCCCUUGAAAAUGAGUGAACUCAUAAGAUCACCAGAAUAUGCAGCUCUUUUACUGCAACAAGCCGAAGCUUUGGGAGCUACCACUUUGGGCACUUUGGGAUUUGGAGCUGAUUUUAGUUAUCUAACAGGAGGCGCUGGUAUGCAACCUUCAACCUCCUCGGCCUCAUCUUCAGCUGGAGGUAAAAGUAAAAAUUCUUCAGCAGCAGCUGCUGCGGCCAAUGCAGCCGCUGUAUCGGCGGCAGCUUUAACGGCUGACUAUAAUAAUCUUAUACAAGCCUCCAAGCUAUUGGGUUACGAUUCAUAUUUACAGCAGCAAACAAAAAAUAAUGAUUUAAAUGCUUUCAUACAACAACAAAUGGCGGCUGCCGCAGCUGCUGUACAGGUACCCUCAGCUCCUACUCCCAGCACUUCCAAAAAGCAGCAGCAGCAACAGGCGCAAGCACAGGCUCAGGCACAGGCUCAAGCACAGGCUCAGGCACAAGCUCAAGCACAGGCCCAAGCUCAGGCUCAAGCUCACAACGAUUAUACUCAACUCUUGCAAACAUACACCAAGUUUUUCGAUCCCAACUUUGGAGCUUUAAUAGCGGCUAAAGGUGCAGGUCCCUCUUCACAUGAAUUGUCUGCCUUGCUAUCAGCCGGCGUGGGAGGAGCUAGCGGUCCCUCCACCUCCUCCUCUUCAUCGAAACAAAAACAAAAGGAAGCUCAACAGCAACUCACCCAACAAACUGAUAUGUUAAAUCAGCUAUUGCAAUCGGAAAAGCAACAAAGCGAUCUUAAUGCUUUACUCUAUCAUCAAAACAAAGCUGCCGCUGACUUAAAUGCUCUAUUCGCACAACCUACCGGUCAGCCACCAUCGGCAAAUACACCAUCAUCCUCCAAAUCAGGCGGUGGAGGCUCAGGACCUAAUUCCACUGGUGCUCCCUCACCUUUAACUGAUCCCGCUGCUGCUUAUAAUGCUUUGGCCCAUGAGAAAAUUCAAGAUUAUGCCGCUUUCUUUCAACAGCAACAACAACAAGCUGGUAAAUUUGGUAUACCCGAUCCUUUAGCUAAGUCAACAUUAGCCGCUAACAAUCUGUUCAUGUCUCCUUCAGCUUUGUUGAAAAUGCAGCAAGAGUCGAUAAAUGCCAUGAUGAUGAAACCACCCAAGUCGACUUCAUCCUCCUCCCGUACACGGGAAUCGUCGGCCUCACCAGCCCUGGAACGUCUAACACCCACAAAAUCAGCCUUGUCUGGAGUCGGCGGGCGGUAG